CGACUGAAGUAGUACUUGAAAGUAUUUCUCCUUAAGUUCUUUACACCACUAACUAAUGGCCCGACAACAGGAUCUCUUGUUGGGUUAAUGAGGCAACUAGUCACACCUGUGACAGGUCCUUUAAAAGGAGAGGUGGAAGAGGUAGACCAUAACUCACAGACAACAGAGAGASACCCAGUGAAUCCCUUGGAAGACUGCAGAAGACCAUCACCAUGGCGAUCUUGACCGUCAUUCUGCUUGUCAGCACGGCUUUUGCUCUGGGAGAUGCUACGACACAACCCAAGACCCCCUGUGAGCGUGUUGGAGAUCCUGUGAAAAACGGUCCCCCUGGAGACUACGUCCCCGCGUUUGAAAGCCAGGGAGAAUACACCCCGGAGCAACACUGGGGCUCAACAGGUUCCUCUUCGUGUCUUAGCAGAACUGAAAAGAAGAUCCCGGGUACUGAAACUCAUUCAGGCACUGCUCCAAUCAAAUGUGCAUACAGUGGUGCUCACAGAUGAAAGGUGCUGAAGAGAAGACUGUGAAAACAUUGGAGAUACUUUGAUGGUUGUCUUUACUGUACAAUGGGAGCUGAUUCACAUUCCAUAUAAAUGAAGAAAUCCAGAAAUAAAAUUUGUAUCUUUA